CUGAUAGCUCCAAAUCUGCUUCAGAUGCCAGGUCAGCCCUUCUCAAUGUCUCUUGGUGUUACUGUAUGCUGUAGGAGGGAUACUCUAUUUCCUGCUAGCUGAAAAAUCGUGGUUCGUCUGCCCUUUCCUCUUAUCCUAAGGUUCUCCUGUUCUGUCUUCAGAGAGAUUCUCUGAACAUCUGUAACUCCAACUGUAAUGAAAUGUGUUGAAGCUGUUUUCAUUUGUUACUGUGUUAUUGGAGUUGUUCUCACCAGACUCGCCUUGCUUGGCCCUGUCUAAGUGGUAAGACAAGACACAAGAGUGAUAAAGAGGGAAGUCUUAAGAAAUCUGAUUAGGAUGUUGAGGAGCUAGUUCUCUGUUAAAUGCUGAAGCACUCCAAUGACUCAGCAGAGGAAAAGGUCACUCACUGCAUUUGGCUUUACAAGCAAUUAAAAAAAAAAUGCAACAACAGAUCUCAUCCAUAGCUGAGCCCAGAUCAAAGCAGUAAAUCAUUAACUAGAAGAUAAUGACAAGGCAGCACAACUCAGCAGAUAAAUCCAUCCACUUCCUCCAAAAGCAUCUUCAAGCUGCAGCCUGAAGAAGACGCUUUCGCAGUCACUACUCUGACCACAGGAAAAUGACUUUUCGGCUCUGCUAUCUGCUUGCUGCCUGGAUUUGUAUCCUUCUCAUUCCUGGCCUCUCCGAAGGAGGGAAACUGCUGGUGGUGCCCAUGGAUGGAAGCCACUGGCUGAGCAUGAAGCAGCUAGUUCUCAAGCUCAAGGAGAGAGGACAUGAAGUGGUGGUGCUUAUACCAGAAGUAAGCUGGCAGAUGGGAAAGGAACAGUCAUACACUGUGAAAACAUACCCAGUGGAUUACACAUUAGAAGACCUGGAUAAUUCCUUUGAAGAGUAUUUAACUGUUCACCUGAGUGGCCAGCCUUUCCCACUGAAUGCUCUGGCACUCUACAACGUCUCAAAACACACUUUCCGAAUGUUCCUUGUUCAGUGCAAGAACCUUUUCAGCAGCACAGAAAUAGUGCAGUACUUGAAUCAAAGUGGCUUUGAUGCUCUCCUAACAGACCCUAUUGCUUUGUGUGGAGCAACAAUUGCUAAUUACCUUUCUAUUCCAUAUGUGUUCUUCAUGAGAGGAUUUGCUUGCAAUCUACACUAUGAAGCAUCACAGUGCCCAAGCCCUCUGUCGUAUGUCCCGAGACUGUUUACAUUCAACUCAGACAACAUGACAUUUUUCCAGAGAGUGGAAAAUGCAUUGAUUGCACUCCUGGAGCUUGUGUACUGUAAUGCUUUCUAUGCAGAUGGAUUAAAGCUUUCCUCUGAAAUUCUUCAAAGAGAGGUAUCCCUGGUAGACAUGCUGAGCGGUGCUUCUAUUUGGCUACUGAGAUACGACUUUGUGUUUGAGUAUGUCAGACCAGUGAUGCCCAAUAUGGUCUUCAUUGGAGGUGUAAACUGUGCUCAGAGUAAACCACUGUCUAAGGUAUGUUCUUUUUCUCCAAAUUAUACAUUUUCCAAAGAAAUGUAAUUACAUGGCUUAUGGGGGUUUAGUGCUCUUGAAUUUAUUUAUUUAUUUAUUUAUCUGGUAAUGAUUUAAUACAUCUGGUUUUUGCCAGUUGCUUUCCACAGGCUGAAAUGGCUUUAUCUUGAUGGAGGCAGAUGACUGUUAUUUGAAUUAGUAAAGAUUUUCUGACAAGUCCAACAAAAAAUGGA